UGCGGGAAGAGCUUCCGGCGCAACGGGAACCUGGUGCAGCACCAGCGCAUCCACAGCGGGGACCCCCCCUUCAGCUGCAGCGACUGCGGGAAAACCUUCAGCCACAGCGGGAACCUGGCCCAACACCAGCGCGUCCACACGGGCAAAGCUCCCUUCGUCUGCACCAGCUGCGGGAAGAGCUUCAAGUACCAGGGCAACCUCAGCACCCACCAGCGCCUGCACUGCGGCAGCGGCCCCUUCAUCUGCGCCGAGUGCGGGAAGGGCUUCAGCACCAAAACCAAGCUCGGCCACCACCAGAAGAUCCACGGCGGCGUGGGGGCCUUCGGCUGCGCCGAGUGCGGGAGGAGCUUCGGCUGCAAGAGCGACCUGCGCUCCCACCAGCGCAGCCACACCG